AUGCCUCCCGCCAAACGGGCGAAACGCAAGCGGCAAGAUGAGCAAAUCCCGGUCCCACUCCAGGCCCUCAUCCGAUCCGACCAAGACCUUAUCAAACAUACCGUCAGUCUCCCUGUAGGCGACUUGGACACCUUUUUCUAUAUUUCAAAGGACAACCAAGUCUUCUGGGGUGUCAACAGAAGCCGGUUACCGAGACUCGCCGCACGGAAGGCCUUCUUGAAGCGCAUCCCAGAUGACCGACUCUUCCCAAAAGUCCCCAAACCUAAAGACACGCACCUCACCAUCGCCGCGCCGGGGAGCUAUAUUCCUGCCAUGACCCAGGUCAAGUGCCCGAGCCUCGAGGACUACUACUUCCUUGACUUUAUCGGCAGUAACUCUCGAGCACGCCAACUCUUCGCCGAAGCAAUGAUCAUGGAGAAAAUUGCGGGCUCCAAGGCGCAUUUGCAUCCAAAUAUCAUCCGGUACCAUGGCUGUCGCGUGCACCGCCAACGCAUCACAGGCCUCGUUUUCGAGCGCCUGGAGUACAACAUCAACCAGUAUGUGCCGCAGCCCGGGUUCAGCACCCUCAACAAGAAGAGGUUUAUCGCGAAGCUCAAAUGGGCUGUUAGCCAUAUACACUCGCUAGGACUCGCCCAUAAUGAUAUCUGCCCGAAUAACAUCAUGGUAAGGGAGACAGCAGGUGCGCAACCAGAACCGGUGCUUAUUGACUUUGGCUCGUGCGCGCCAUUUGGGUCCAAGGAUUUGCUCACGUUUGGGACGCACGGGUGUUUGAGAAGUAUUUUUAUACCUCGGAGAAGAAACAUGAUACCUAUUCAUUGCGCAAGGUUGAGGAGUGGUUGA